GAAUCCGUUGGAAGAAUACCCCGUGUUCACAUAUAUACACAAGAGAAGAAGGUUAUCGUGUAAAUACAUAACAGCCUCUACCUACUAUACCAUCACCACAACCACCCCACAACCACAAACCAGAAGCAAAAACACUCUCCCAAAUCUCAAAAUGCCAGCAAUGCAAUAUUUCGAAAAGGCGCAAACAACGUUUAACCCCCCACUCAUCGCAAACGAAAACGCGUAUCUGGGCGAUGUAGUCUCGUCCGAAUCCACUGACCCCGAAAAGCCCAUAAGCGGUGGUUUCUACCGUCUGGAAAAGGGAACACCACUCGUGUACACGUACACGUAUGAUGAGAUUAAGAUUAUAGUUGAUGGACAUUUUUACAUCAGCGAUGAGACGGGCAAGGAAGUAAAAGCGGAAAAGGGUGAUGUCUUCUUCUUUCCAAAGGGGAGUAAGAUUACCUUCAAGACGGAUGAUUUUGGCUUGGGGUUUUUUGUUGGGCAGAGGAAGAAGGAUGGGGCGUAGGUGGGUUGAGAAGAUGAGAAGAUGAGAAGACGAGGGGAUGAGAAGGAGAGACGGAGUGGUAGAAAUACCUGGUACAUAGGACUGUCAUGUUUGUCUAUGGUUUAUAGGCUUAUAGUGGGCGUGUAUGGUGUGAGAAGAAGAGGAGAGAUGGGGACAUUCGAAGUGGUAGAGAUACCUGGGAAAUAGGUCUAUCAUGAUUGUCCAUGGUUUAUAGGCUUAUGGUGUGCGUGUAUGGUCUGUCGUGAACUGAGAAGAAAGUAAAUUCAGUAUAAAAUCAUGAAUGUUAGUACUACCA